GACUGUCAUCGAGAACAGCUGUUACUUGUUUUGUAGUUGCUUCUCACAUUAAAAGUAAUGCGUUUAAAUGAACACGUUAAAUUGGUUGGUAACCGUGUGUUGCUUGUGCCCUAUGAGGCGUCUAUGGUGCCUAAAUAUCAUGAAUGGAUGAGUGACGCCACUCUGAGAGAUCUUACCGCCUCGGAGCAACUAUCAUUGGAGGAAGAGUACGAAAUGCAGCUGAGCUGGCGAGAGGACAACGACAAGCUCACUUUUAUUAUACUCUGUGCAGAGACGUACGAAAGGACCAAAGAUGAGAUCACAGCAAUGGUGGGAGACACAAAUCUUUUUAUACACUGCGACGAAGAGAGCGGUGAUUGUGUGGCGGAAGCUGAGAUAAUGAUAGCAGCAGUCGAGGCACGCGGCAAAGGAUAUGGUCGCGAGGCUAUGCUGCUCAUGUUGAAGUAUGCACAGACACAGCUGCCGCUGAAAAAAUUCGAGGCCAAGAUUGACAUAGACAAUGCGAAAUCUAUACGUCUGUUUGAAAGCUUCCAGUUUGUCGAAGUGCGACGCGUUGAGGUAUUCCAUGAGGUGACUUUCGACCGUGCUAUUACAGCCGCUUGGUUGGCCUGGCUAGAUGAACAAGUGCAGCUGAAAUGUGAACACUAUGGUGCAAUUGAUAAAAGUAGUUAGCUACUAAUUGAAUUUAUACUUUGUUUAUUACAUUUAAUUUACAACUACUUGCCUUACAUAUUGCAUUUUAUGUGUAAACUCUGACUGCAGCUAUAGUCAUUGCGUGUGUAAUGCUGUAUAUGUGGACUCGUGAGCUCUGUGGCAGCAUAUGCUAGUCAGUUAUAAAAUAUAUAAAUGAAUAUAUUUUCAUGA